AUGGCACUGCCUAAAAAAACUAGCGCUUAUCAGAGAUUAGUAUUGAAAACCGCUUCCAUCCUACCCGAGAGAUUUCGUGCCGCGUUCCUGCAUCCUGCAGGCCCAACUACCAUAUUUUUCUGGGCGCCGAUGUUUAAAUGGGGGUUGGUAAUAGCGGGCUUAGGAGACAUAAAUCGUCCAGCACACACGAUUUCCCUCAGCCAAACCGCGAGUCUCAUGGUAACGGGCGCUAUAUGGAGCAGAUACUCGCUAGUGGUUACACCCAAGAAUUAUAAUUUGUUUAGCGUCAAUCUAUUCACCUGCGGCACGGGAGCGUACAAUUUCAUCAGAGGGCUAUUAUAUCAACUGCGAGAGAGUGGAACAACGGACGAAUGA